AUGUCCACAAUCACCCACAGGAAAAACCCUUCCCAACCACUAACUAUCCAGACUCCACCAUCAGAUGCUCCAAUCUCCAAAUUAAAUGAUUUUUAUUGGACUGAAGAAACUGAACCUCAUACUAUUAGAAGAAAAUUGAUCUUACAAAAAUACCCUCAUGUCACCAAAUUAUGUGGUCCAGAACCUUUAACAAAAUUCAUAGUCUUUGGUGUGGUCACUUUACAAUUAUCUCUAGCUUAUUACCUUAGAGAUACCGAUUUUCUAAGUUGGAAGUUUUUCUUGAUAAGUUAUAUAAUUGGUGCUACAGCUAAUCAAAAUUGUUUUCUAGCUAUUCAUGAAUUAAGUCAUAAUCUAGGUUUCAAGAAACCUUUAUACAAUAAAUUAUAUUCAAUUUUCACAAAUUUACCAAUUGGUAUUCCUUAUUCAGCUUCUUUCCAACCUUAUCAUCAAUUACAUCAUAAAUAUUUAGGUGAUGAAAUCUUGGACACUGAUAUCCCAACAAAUUAUGAAGCUAUUAUUUUAUCAAAUGUUUUGGGGAAAUCAUUCUUUGCAACUUUCCAAAUCUUGUUUUAUGCUCUAAGACCAAUGUUUAUUACACAAAUCAAAUUCACUUAUAUUCAUUUAGUCAAUAUCUUGGUUCAAUUUUCAGUGGAUUAUUAUAUGGUUACCCAUUGGGGUUGGAAAAGUUUAAGUUAUUUGAUCUUUAGUUCAUUCCUUGCAGGUUCUUUACAUCCAUGUUCAGGACAUUUCAUUGCAGAACACUAUAUUAUGAAUCCUCCAAAGAGUUAUGAUCGUACAAAAGAUCAUCCUCCGGUGGAAACUUAUUCAUAUUAUGGGAUCUUGAACUUAUUCACAUGGAACGUUGGGUUACAUAAUGAACAUCAUGAUUUCCCAUAUGUUGCUUGGUCGAAAUUGUUCAAAUUGAAUGAAAUUGCCAAUGAGUUUUAUGUUGAUUUACCAAAACAUGAAUCUUGGACCAUGGUUAUAGUUAACUUCAUAUCGGAUCCAAAUGUGCUGUUAUACAAUAGAGUGAAAAGGGAGAACAAGAGAAAAGUCCAGCCAAGGGAAUAG